AACCUCCACAGGAGGUGCUUCAAAGACAUUUUAAGCGAAGCAGCGCGCUAUAAAGGACUGUUGCUCAACCAGAAAAAUAUCACUAUAGAAAUUAGAGUUGCAAAGAAACAUAAGCCAAGAAAAUCAGUAUGGCGCGCGGGUUGAAACCGUGGUAUCAGUCGAAGACUUUGACCAUUUUGGUGAUCCUCUGGGCUCUGUUCACCACUUGUUUGGGGAUAAUGAUUGUAGUCAUCUUUGUACAACCUCACUGGAUCAGCGGAGAGAAUCCAGCUACUGAAAAGAACGUGAAUUUCGGCCUGUACCGUAACUGCUCGGACAAUUUAAAUGACUGUUCCGGGAGCCUGAACGAAUUCAACAACAUUUACUCGACCGCUUGGAAAGCAUGCACCGUUUUCGUGGCCCUGGCAUUUACCUCGACCUUUAUUUCGGUAGCAAUGAUGUUGUUGUAUUGGUUGUGUUGUUUCGAGUCGACAGGCAUUGGAUUUCGAACCAGCAGUGGACUUCAAGCCUCUGCAGGUUUGUGCAUGUUAAUUACGUGUCUUGUACACCCUGUUGGAUGGGACACUCCAGAAGUCCAGGCAAUCUGUGGCCUCGAAGCUGGUGUUUACAAAAUAGGAAACUGCAAAGUGAAUUGGGCCUACUGGAUCGCAGUUAUUUGUAUGGCUGAUGCGUUCGUGCUUAGCUACCUCUCCCUCAUGUUCAUCGAGCGGGAGAUUGGGACCCCAGCUGUUACAAGCAGAAAGCGAUCAAGUGCAGCAAGUGCCGAUGACGGCUUCCGAGGAAGGAGAAUGGCGUCGAAUGGUUACCAUGAACAAGACACGACAACACUGUGACGAGGGAAGACAUGGGACAAUAUUCAACACAGUUUUUCUUUAUCCUUGCUGUUAGUAUGGUCUAUUAAGAGCAAGUAGCCGCCACAAUGGUCUUAAUAUUGUAACGCAAAUAAGUCAAGCAGUCUGCAAAGGAGUAAACUUCAGCAAGAUGACAAUUCAUGGAGAAACGUAUCCGUCUAAAUAUCCAAGCAGCAAAUUUAUCUAAAACGCCAAAAGUAGCUAUUAAGAUUCGGAAUAGUUUCUUCUGCAAUACUCUCAGCAUAGUAUUUAGGAGAGACUCACAAAGAAAUCAGUCAAUUGAGAUUUUAGCUCUUUGCUUAAUCAAUAGAAUGAAGUAUUUUAGUCCUGAGAUAAAGUUUUUUCUAUACCUAUACAGUGUGGAUGCCGUUUAGAAUUUGUAAAAUAACGGCACUUUUUAUGUAACUACAUCUACUUGAAUGUAUCUCUUAUUGUGUGUGAAAGAUAGUAAUUGUAAAAAAGAGUCAGAAUUUUUUUAUUUGUCUGUUUUUUCGAUGUUAGCUUCUAGAACUUAUUUGCAUAUCAGUUAAUAUAUACAACGCUUGUAUUAAACAUGUAAAGUUAAACAUUCUAAUACCAAUGAUUAAUUAUGAGUUUAUGGUGUAAAGAUUCUAUAGAAGGAAUAAUCGAGAUUUAUUGAUGAAGUGGGUCUAGUAAGUUAGUUUUGUAUACAAACCAAAUCUGCGAGCAGAAACAUUUCAUAAGGUCGAGGGAGGGAAAAUAUAACUUCUGAAAUUGCGUAUUUUCUCAUUCAACUCACCAGUUGCUAACGAACUACAGAAUUAUGGAUCCAGCAUAAACUCAUCAUUGUUUCUUAUAUAUGAUUAUAAACUACACUGUAACUGAUACAUGGGGCUUCUGUGGAAUGCGCUUUUCUCUCUCAACCGACUCACUGCUGUGCUGCGACAAAUAGUGGGGGAUUACGUCAUCGAUUGUAGAGGCAAACCGAAUGUAAGACUAAAGCAUUCUCGUUCGGUUCGUAAAUAAGCGGUUUAGCAGAAAAACAAAACAGUUUUCUUGUCAAACUUCGAGCUCUUUCUACAUUUUAUUGCAGGUAUUGAAUAACAUUGUAAAGUACCAUAAACUACAGUUUGGAGAGGCUUGGUGAAUUUUUAAUUUAAACAUUUUAGAGUGGAUCUGCUAGGUGUAAAACAAAUACUUAAAAUAUAUAGCGAUGAUAAUGAAAAAUAAAGACGUACAAAUGUUG